GCCAAAGGGCUGCACCGGAGGUUACUAUUUGGUCAGUAGAUUUUCCUUAAGAACAUGGAACCAUCAUUACAGUGUAGCUUACUCCUAGGAGACAAGUUUCUUUAGGCAAUGUUCUUUAGGAGACAAGUUUCCCUUUGCUCUUUCCACAUCCUGUGCAUCGUUAACACUAGCACGUACUAUAAUUUGGUACCAUAAUUUGGUACCAUAAAAAAUAUCUAUCAAAAACAGCAUUUUUCCCUUCUAGUCGUAAACAUUGUUUACGACAGCCCCUCCGAUUACUAGAACUAGUCACGAUCAUAACAAUAACUGGCAAAAAAAAAAUGGGUCCUCCUCCAGACAAUGGAGACAACAUUUACUCGGGUCCCGAGUAUGAGAAGUUUCGCGCUGACUACUUGCGCGACCUCCUGGACCCGAGUAACCUGGAUGCGAUGAGCAUGACGAAGAAGGAACAAUUUGAGUUGGCGGAUGAAGCAUGGAAAGAAGCAUACGACGAGAAAGCUAGGCAAAAACGCAUUGAGGAUCGACGGAAGAGGGCAGCGAGGAAUGCAGGGCCUUCCGAAGGAGGCAGUGGAGAUGACGGAAAAAUAAGUUUAGGGCUACCGUUAAUCCAUCUCUAUAGGCAUCCCUCAACCGUAUGCGCCCCGACACAAUUGAAAUGUUGAGCUCUUCGCCUUAUAAUUGGGGUCCAUUUCUAAGCACGGGUUGCAGUAGUCCUAUUCUUACCAGGAAGAUGCUGACGCAUACGCUUGAGAGAUUUCCACAGGGAUGAAUUAGGAAGAGGUCUAAUAAGUGGUGAUAAUGGAAGCAAUGUUGGAAGGAAUAGGAAGUCCUCUGAUCAUGUUGUAGAUGGAGAAGGACAUGGUCUUGGUCUUGGAGCUACUUCGAGCCGUGAUGUUGGGCAGUUUGAUGCAAAGUCAAAAACUAGGACCAACAAUACUUCUGCAUGUAGUUCAAAAGAUGUGGCUGUGGAGGCUUUUGGGGAUGAAGAGCUUUGGGGCAACGAUGACUUCGGUUCUAUGGAGGAUGCCUUUUACUUUGAUGACGACGGCAUGGGGCUGGGCGGGCAGUAUAAGAUGAUGACAGUGAUAUAUGUUAUAAUGAUGUGCUUUAAGUAAUACUAAUGGCUUGUAAAAACUUGAAGAUGGAUUGAGAUUUUAAUUUCUGCAGACACAGAGACCUGACAGUGAUUCUCUCUUCCAUAGUACCUUGAUAAGCGCAUCUACAUUGCUCACAAUUCUUGAAAACAAGCUGAAUCUGCUUCAGGGCCGCUUCAUCCAGCCUGCAGAAUGAGGUAUUGGAUUGCCUCGAUGACGAGAUCGCCCGUUGCUCAGAUGAAGAGCCGCGCAGAGUGGGGAAUAAGGACAGGCUUCUUCCCUCCGAUUCCGAGGACGACCGAGGGGACGAUGCGAAAAGACGAAAAGUUGGCGGUGGUGUCAGUGGUAGUGGCGCUGGUGGGACUAAACGUGGGGCACAAGUAAGCUCCUCCUCUGAUUCGACUACCAAGUGCCAGGAUGGUAGUGCUGGUUGCUUAGAAGGAGAAGAUGCCGGUCUCGGUACUAGCACUAGCACAACAUCUUCUAGGAAUAAACAAAUAAAGCGUUCUGUUUUUGAUGCCGUCUUGGAAGAAGAUAAUGUGCGCAUGCACGGUACAAAAGCGGAGCAUAAGAAAAAACAAGCAGCGAAACGACGCGCAAAAGCAAAGGCAUCAAGUGGAGGAGGUAUCAUGCUCUCUAGCGACGUCCACGUGGAUGUCGCGGAAGGGUUUUACGAUAACAGGGAAGACUACUUAAGGCUCAGCUUUCAUUGGUCCUUGAGGUUAGUCACUGAGAUCGAAGAGGGGCACCUUGAGAGAACAGGGGAAAACGAAGGGAAAACAAAGGGAGAGGCGUGGGGCCCUUCUCACUCAGAAGCAGUGACCACUGAUUGCUAACCUUUAAACUACGGCGUGAAGGAGAACAUCGCCAUGGACUUGGAUGACAUGGGGCCCAGUUUUAAAAGCGAGAUAUUUGAUUAAGGCAUGAGACUGUAGUACAGAAGAAGUCAAUUCAUACUUAGCAUACUCACAACGAACUAGAUGUGAGAGCUACCUGUAGUAACAUUCUCGUCCCUUUGAUUGUGUGCGUAAAGAACUGAAUGCGUAGAUCAAUCGCUCAUUCAGUGGCUCGACUCCCACUGUAUUCCUCGGUUCAAGGGGGAAGCAGACAUGAUACACAAUAGGACGGCCCUCUCUAAUCCCACGCAGCCAAAGUCGCUGAAAAAGCCAGGGAAGAUGAACUCCGUAGAGCGAAAAGCGUGGAGCAAGAUGACACUGAAGCGAAACUUCUGUGGACGUCCUCAACGGCUGCUGCUAGUUCUAGUAGUAGUGCCUUCUUAGGAGCUGCAGGAGUAGACGGGGAAGUUUUAGAUCGUAAAGAAGCAGAGGCAUUGAAGGCUUUUAUUGUGCGUGCACGUGUUAAAAGAGGAAGUGGACUGGGAGUUAGUGCCAACACAGGAGGAGGUUUUGGUAGUACUUCUUCGUCUUCUUCAUCUUCUUGUCGUCCACAGGGAUUGCAAUCCGCUGGCUCAUCUUCUUAUAGUCUCUACCAAGACUGGCCCGCCACGCCCAAAACGAAGUCAGAAGCGAAAACGUGGAAUGAAGUCCCAGCUGAGGAGGUCAAGGCUUUUGGCGACACGUGCGCAGCUAUUGCGGAUUUGGAGAACUUCACCCAAGAGUAUCUCUCCGAUAAAGACCGGAGAAGUUUUUUACGUUCACAGGGUGUGCCGGAACUGGAUGUGUCUCGCGUUUUAGCCAGAGACUUCUAUGAGGAUGCAAUGUGGCGGUACGAGGUGGAUGCUAGUACGAAUACCACAGCACCGUCUUCUAGCACACCAACUGGAACAUCUGUGGGAACUUCGUCAUCUUCAUCAUCUUAUGGCAAAGGAGAAGUCUUUGUGCAGGUUUAUUUCUCCAGUGUGAGAAGUGAGAGAACUGAGGUUUGACUCACUCUUAAAAGAGCAAGAUUCGUCUUCAUCAGCGUUAGCUACAUCAGGUGAGAUACUUAAGUUUACCUCUCUAAUUUUCCAGCAUGCCACCAAACCUUCAGCCACCAGCUAAAAAGCAUGGACUGCCUGAACUGACGGGAUUUUCGCCACACUUGCUGUUCAAAGGACUCUUAUGAUUACAGAGGAAACAAAAGCUUACUCUGCACAUUUGAGUCCAACUUGAGAAUCUUCUAGGUAAUUUCCGCUUCCUAUUCCUACUCGAAUAAAAAUAAUGUUCGCAUUUGAUAGCUGUCAGAGUGUACCCCUGUCGUCGCAUGUCAGUGAGGUUGCCAAUUGAAAAAUUUAUCUGAGAAGUAGACAAACAUGGGUACGCUUUAUAUUGCGACUAUUCGGAGAAGUACAAGCAUGAGUAAGCUUUAUAAUAGGACGACCUCGCCUUCAUAUCUCUGUGAGGGAUUUUACGGUGGGUAUGAUCCGUAUAUGGCUUUCGCGGAGCCUCCUCGCGUUGCCUGGCGCAUUCUUCGUGACAAAGACCUAAGGGAUCAUGCCUCUGGCUUGUUGAUGGUUCCGUCGCCGUUUGCCGGCGCGACCUGUUACCUUAAGGAGUAUGCUACUGUUGUUGUACUAUAUGAUGUUCGUACAACUUUUCAAUAGAAUAUUAGAUUUGCAUAUAGAAAUCCGCUAUCACCAGAACGAGAAAGGAGGGAGAGAAACGCGGGUAGAACACAAACAUUGCUGCAGUAAUCAACUAUGAUAGAGAGGCGAUAUAAUUGUAAAGGAAACAAGAGGGGAAGCCACAUCAGAUACCAAGGAACAGUCCGAAGCGACUCCCUCUAAGUCUUGACGGGUUACAGAUAUUCCGUCCGAGCUCUCUCAGGCCUACGCGUGGUCGAAGACUUGGCCGCAGCUGCGCGACUACUGUGAUAGCGUCUACGACUUCGAAGCACCACCAAUAACUACAACGAAAACGGCCAAAGCGAAAGCGAAGAAAAAAGGAGGAAAGGCAGGUAAUACGGUGGCUGAGGAUUGUGGUUUUGUCAGGUAGUUUGCGUAGGCCUACGUCUGUGCGGAUUUUUUGCGCCGUCGACAACAUCGAGGGCACCACGAGGAGGGGAGCGGCGAUACCAGCAGCGCCCCGAGAGGGCACCACGCAAGACCUGACCAAGACCAACAGGGAGGCCACCAAGCAGGCCGGGGCCGCCCCUGGCGAGCAAGCUGGCCGCGACGAGCCUGCAGCAGCUUCAACACCUUCGGCCGACGAAGAUGGCGCCCCACUAAUUCAGGCACAUGAAAAAACGGGGACGAAGGGCCUGCUAGGUGACUAAUACCGGGGCCAGCCAGGGGCCUACUCGGUUUGGUGUCGCCCGGCCAACUGUCGAAGAGUGUCAGUCGACAGGCUUGGCCCCUCCAUGCGGAAUCUAUUGCGGCCGCGACAACAGGAGGCACGGCGCAAUCCAUGGGCAAUUCUAUUCCACGGCGCGCGACCAAGCGGGGGCAAGCUUGCAAAGCAUACAGUCGGCGGCGGUGUUCGUGGUCUUUCUUGCAAGAGAGCAGGCCUGGGCGACGGUUUUGCGCCCCAGUAGACGGGCGCGCCCCUACAGCCCCAGGCAGCUGCGCGGGCCUGCAUGACCGUCGACGGGUGGCCGAGGCGUUGCGCUGCUGAGAGGGGCCGCCUCAGCCUGUUGAGCGAUCGAACAGCGCCGGCCCCGACGGUGAGAGGCUUUGAAGCGGUGGGGGCCACCAAUCCAAGUGAGAAGCGCACCUUCAUGGCCGGGGAAGCUCGAGGGCCAACCGCGUGAAGAACCGGGCGGGAGGGAGGCCCGCACUAGCAAGCUCCGCGGCUGUGUUGCUCUACGCGGCUGCUGCGCUGGGGCUUGCUCCGUGUGUGUUCACUCGUGGGGGCAGGUGCUUUCCCCAGUUCGUAACAGGGUGACGAGGGCCCCGCCGACAGGGCACCGCGGGAGCGGCGUGCAGAGGCCCGGGGGCAGGAGCAAAACAGGGGAGCGCCGCCGGGCCAUUUCGACGGGCGUCGGCAGCGCCGCGGAGCUGGAGGGCCCGCGCCUUAAUCGAAGAGGGCGCUCGCUGCGUCCCUUCGCGCGGGCCUCUGCGGGGUCAUGCCCGCCGGCCUUGGGGAGUGUGGUCGCCUGGCGGGGAUGGGCAAGUCUGUCGUGCUUGCGUGUCUGUUUCCUUCUGUCUUUCUUUUUUUUGUGGCUGUUUAGCCGCUGAGAGAGUGGUCGGAAGAAUGCCACCGGCGGCAGUGGAGUGCGUGUUGUUAUCCAUUAGUAGGCCGGCGCGCCUUAAGGCAGUUGCAGAGGGGGGGAGCGGCUGAGGACCUUCUUUCGGGCGCCUCUGCUUCUCGGCGUGGUGUCUUCUGCUGCCGCCGGUUUCUCUACUUGCCCUUGUCGAUUUUCGCGCUUUGGCAUGUCCUUCAAACUACGGGCCGCUUCCUUUAUAGAUUAUCAACACAAACCAAACCCCUCCACCAGACCGCUUUCUCUCCUUGGGUAACUGUACGAAGAAGGCAGCGAGUUCCGGGAACGCGUCCGGCUGGGAUGAGACCACGCAGAAGGGAGGCGACGCUCCCUUUGACGGUGUGUCACUGAAUGCGCGCACUAACGAUGACGACCAGGAAGCGGCGCAGCCACGACAUUUCACACAGCGGGAGUAUCAUUAUGGAUGCAAUACUGAAUUCAUUGGAUUACUGAUCCCACCUUUCAGUGGUGAUGCGCGUAGGGUUUGAGUUUAUAUUCUCAUUAGAAGUAGAAGGACAGACAGACGGAGACGCUCUCCUGUUUACAACUCAAUCAAGCCCUUCAUCCUGGGCCGUUUUCUUACGCUGGUUGUACGUAGUUAGAGGUACAGGACACUUCUCGAGUAGUGCGUGCAUGUAAUUACUUAGACCUACGCCGCACUUCUGUAGACUCUAAGUUCAGCUACGACCGGAACAGUUGCGUGAGCUUUGUUGGAUGAUCCGGCAGGAACAAAGCACCACCAAUUUCCUGCAGCUUGCCAACCUAGAGUGGCGGGAACCAUGUCCACGAGACCUGUCAUUAAGAACAGAGAUGUAACCAGGUCAGUCUCGAAGACACCAGUUUCCCCAUUUCCGUGGUUAGUGAAUAGGAGAUUCAACAAAUUCAUACCUCAUUCACCCUAUCAAAGUGCGAUAGGCGUGAGAAGAAAGACUCGGAAUUUUCUCCUUCCUCUAAUGCCUGUGAUAACGGGGGAAGAACUGAAUAUGGAAAAGCGUCUGCAGUCAGCCAUGGACAAGCUCGAAACUGCUCGAGACCUCCGAAAGAAAUGCAUUGCCCUGAUCGGCAUGGAAAGUAUAGCCGUUGGCCUCGCUGACGCCUCCAGGAUGCUGUUUCGAGAACCAGCAGAGGAAUUCAUCGCAGAGGCAGACAGAAGACUGGCUUCUGCGUUCACUCCUGAAGUGAAAAUCAAUUUCUAUGCGUUUUACAGUCAGUCCGGCAUAUUUGACGCAGAUGAGGAUGCUCAGCCGUGCACGUGCGAGGACCGCGGAGCGCUGCUGCAAGCGCGCAGACGCAUUAAGGACAACAUGUCUUACUCAUUCCUGUGGGGAUCCCUGUUGAGCCAUAUAUUCACAGGACAAAGCUAGCACGUGAGGUGAUUAAUUAUAGGAAUCCUGAAGAACUGUGUUCACUUCUAAAGGUAGAAAACGGGCAAUGCGUGCACACAUGGGAGCUGACCCGCAAGCCCAAGAAUGCUCUCUCAAUGACGUAUGGGGGGCCAAGCUACAAGCUCGAAAGGAGUUUUUGGAUCACUUCAUUUGCAAUGUUAAGGCGAUUUGCAGCCGUUGGCAAUGUGGUGCUGUGUUACUUUUUUUUUACUUCAGGAACCAAGUUCAACGAGAAGGUCUUUAUCUCUCUUCGGUUUCAUCCAUGUUAGUUGAACUUGAAUUUGUCAAAAAGGAUCAACACCAUUCAUAGGUCGGUGCUAUUUGCCUAUUAGGGAUGCACAGAAUAGAAUCAUAACAAUGUUUACACAACAAGCCUUAGCCUCUCCUCUUCUAACAUUUCUGGUCAGCAGCAAUUGAAUCAAGACCAGCAAGAAUCUGAGGCCCUCUUAAAAGCGAACCAAGAGCGCACUAUUCACCAAAUUCGAAGGCGCUAUGCAGAGUACUUGACGGAUCUUAUGGCGCCUAUGGAAGACCAGACUCGUCUAGACUUUAUUGAAUGUGAAGACCCGAAGAUCUGAGUGCUCAGGUGUAUACUUACAUAUAUAAGGAUCGUACCCAGUAGUUAGAGCGACUUUGUGUUCUUCCACUUUGUUAGGCUUUUACUUUUCAUACCUACUUGUACCCCUAUAAUUAGCCUAAACUUCUUAUAGUUUCCCACUUUUCACAGCUAUAACACUCUUCUUUUUCUCCAUCUCCCACACACUCCAACUCCACACAAUAUUAGGUUUCUAAGCUUUAUUACCGGAACAAAAGCGCCCAAGGUGCAAGGAUUAAAGUAUCUGACCAAAAGUGCGACUUCGUGGAAAUGCGUAUAGAAGGACCUAAAAUGCGGGUCCGUGGUGGCGUACUAAACGACAACCUUGGCUACGGAAAGACGUGCCUUGCGAUCGCCUUAACCGACCGCACCUUGAAGCAGAAUUUAUGUGGCGGGAGUAUCGCUGUAGAGAUAUUUGCACUCGAGUUGUUCUCUCGCUUGCACCAUCGUGAGUAUGUGACGUCGAGAAAAGCUGUCGUUCCUUCAUCUGUACUAAUAGAUACUUACUUCCUUUGAAUGAAAGUGCUAGCUUCGCAGCGCUAUGCGUGGACCACUCUAACCCCAGUCCUCCCACCAGACGACCCCGCUUUUAUUGCGAGUCGCGCAACGUUGGUGGUGAUGCCUUCGCACCUCUUAAACCAGUGGCAUGAGGAGAUCGAGCAGUUUACAGGAACGGAGUUUAUCUUGGUCAUUAUGGUUGGGGAACACGGCGAAUUUGUUGUCAAAUUAUUCAACUGGUUGAGGGGCUUGUAUAAGUAUUUAGAAUCAUCUGAUGAGUGGACCUUGGCCGCUACUUCUGUAUUGUUGUAUAACGUGCUACUACUAUUAGUCUCGUCCUUAUUAGACAAUCUUCAUCUGCCUUAUAGUCUACGGGCAUUUUCUAAUAUCCAAAUCGCGACGAUCACCGACCUGAAAAAAUUAACGGUUCGUGAGAUCAAGAUGGCCGAUGUGGUCCUCUGCUGUGAGCGAGUCUUCGACUCGCCUGGUUAUAAAGCAAGGGUGCGUGAAUUGGCAAUCGGGUUUUCGAAUAAGCUGGGGUACUACAGGGCAAGUGCUGCGCAAAGGGAGGGCAAAUUGGCCAGUUUCAUGGCGGAGUGCUAUAAUGACAACAAAGUUAUGAAUCUUUUUCGCAAAAUACUUAUGUCUUUUGUUUUUAUCAGUAGAUUCAGCAGGGGUGGAAAAUAAUGUUGAGUACAGAGACCUAUUCAUUGCUAUUGUCCAAAGAGAUGAAACUGUCUCUCUGAUUUUUUUUCAACAGAAGAGCGGGACGAGCAGGACGUCUCUGCUGUGUCAGCAUCACAGUAAUGGAGGCGAUAUUGGCCUAAAAGUUGAACGGCAAAGAAACAAAAAGCUCUAACCACUAUACUGGUGACUCAAGUGGAAGUGGUUCCGAACAACAAGGCCAGCUUUUCCCUGGAACUAUGAAGCAUAGCACUUCUUCUUCCGCGAAUAUGAACAUCUUUGGCGUAAAACAAGAAGAGGGAGGAUUGGGUCAGAGUGCCGCUAACGGCGAUCAAAGUAUCGAUGAACCUGCCAAUAGAAACAAUCGUAACGUCAAAGACCUACCCACUGAACGGCAUCGAUGGAGUCGAUCGAAUCUGUGGGAAAGUGAAUUUGAAGUCCGCUUUGCUGCUCUACGUGGGGUUGCGCAACGCAUUCAACGCUAUCGCGGAGACGAGGUGCAGGGAGCUUUUGUUUUCCCCGUCUUGGAGCUGUUUCACUUUCGUCGUUUGGUAGCUGAUGAGCUGCACGAAGCCAGUGAGUACCACCCGGAAAUGAAUCAAUAUCGGCCCUCACCGUUGCGUAUAGAACAGCCUGCCGAUGCGCGUGCGUUGGAUAGAGCUCAAGGAAUUCCGACAGGUACUUGAGUAAAAAUUCUUCCGGAUUCAUCAUAGGAGACCCCUAAAUGAAUGAGAGCCAGGUAAAGUAGCAUCUUCAUUGAUAUCUGUUUUUGAUACAUAAGUAAUCUUCUUUGAAGAUGAAGAGAAAUCGGUGUAAGACCCAGCUAUGCACAACCUACCACGACCAGAUUACACCACCUCCACGUCCACGCUGAGCCGGAAAUCGUCUGAAAAGGGAUCCACAGUCUCCCCGCUUCCGUUUUAUCGUGGUCGCCGCACUCUCAUCUGCCUCCAAAGAAUCCGCUCUAGCUACAGAUGGGCUUUGAGCGGCACUUUACCCAAAGAAAAUCGCGCCGUUUGGAACCAAUUUUUCAGUUUCUUCACCUACGGGAAGAGCGUUCUGGCACCGGUGCAGGACACAGCAAGGGCAUUCGACAUCUUUGUGCGCAGUAAUACAGUUGCGGCUCAUAGUUUCGUAGAAGAGUCGCAUUUGGUACAUGUGGAAAUGUCAUUGUAUGAGUACGCGAUUUAUUUGUCGUGCAAGCAACGCUACGUGGCAGGUGACGCGGACCUACUUGCGGAGGAUGGGGGACAAGGAGCCGGUUAUGGCGUACAAGUAGUUUUGUGCGGUAUAAGUUUCGCUCGUUUUAAUAGUUUCACCUCUUUCUUCUUUUCUCAUGUGUUUCCCCGGUUCCUUCUCUCGCUCUUUUAGAUAGUCCAUUUCCCUCCCACCUCUUUCUCUCCCUCUCUCUCCCCCCCUCUAACCUCCAGCAGGAGCUCAAGCGGAUGCGAUUGCGAUGACAGCGGAAGAGCGAAAAGAGAUGAAGAGCCUGGCCACCGCAGGUAAGAGUGGAAAAGAAAUUUUGCUGCGAAUGUGCUCUCACUUUCAACGAGGUGAGCAUAGUGCGGAUGAUCUUCAUUUAAGGGUUCAGGAACAGGAAUACUCGUAAACUUGAAAUAAGCGAGUAAACUCAAAAAUAAAAGCCAGACCCCUAAUUACGUGGAAAAUGUCUAUUUGUCUUUUUGUCCCUCUCAGUCAGGGAGGAGUAUAACUGAAAGCGAGAGAAUCUGAAGUCAUGCUAUCAAGCUAUUAUACAGAUAAUUGUCUCUCGUCCUGUAACGAAACUUGGGCAAGCCGACGGCACCACUCAUUUCCUCUGAACUUAUACCUAUACACCAAAAUUAUAUGAGCCCUUCUACUACAAGACUCUACUACAAAACUUUAAUUCCCAAUUCUGAGGAUGAAACCGGACGACUGAAGAAAGCGCACGAAAAGAAGGUUGAAGCAUGUGUGAACCGUAUCCGCUCUACCUGUCGGAAAAUCGAGUCGUACUUGCGUGGAUACUACUUAUGGCUUCAAAAAGAGUUUUUAAAGUUGUUGUUUUGUUGUUAAGAGCCGUGUCUUUGUUUCUCGGUGUUACAUUCUAAUUAGGCUCUGGACGUACACCUCGUGUUAGGUAAAUGAAUGAAUGCCGCAAAUCUUGAUUGGCUUUCACCUUUAGGUGAAGGUUUAGGUCCCGCGACGCUCAAAGCACUAAGUAAAACAACCGGCUAGAGUUUUCACCUCCACAAUCUUAGGCUUAUCCCAUGCAACAAGGAGUACGUAACUUGUUCUAGCAGCAGCAGCUUGAUAGAAUGUCAAUGAAUUACACGAGGGAAAAGCGUCCAGAAUGCACCGUGGAAACCAAGAGAGUAGAUUAUACUUCAGAUUUAGCGCACGAUUCUUCUGCUGGCCAAGUUCUACUUCAAGCACACUAAAAGAUCACUCCCAGCAACUGGGGUUCACAACUUUAUAAUAAUAGUAAACAAAUGAAAGCCAGAAUUGAGGCGAGAAUCACGGGACCAUCAUCUCUAAUCUGCGCCUCCUUACAGGGUGCCACCAAUGCGGAAAAGAGGGAGCGGAUGACGAGAUAUCGGCGAUUCAAGCGUCUUGGGCUCUACUUGGAGAUGAUAGACGAUCCUGAGGCGAAGGACGGGAAGAGAUUCACUCGUCCCACAGGAGGUUCUGCGGUGGCCUACUUAAGAUUUCGGUCAAUUAUUACAAGAUAGAGUAAGUAAGUAAGUAUUUGUUAUACAACUCUGCACAGAUACAGCCAGUUUCUUUCUUUGAAGUGAAAUAGUUUCUUGAAUUCUAAGGCCAAUGUGAUUGUUAUACAAGAACUAGUUAUAAAUUAUAUACAAGAACUUCUAGCCCUUUCAACAAUAUACAAGAACUUCUAGUCGUGGUGUCCUCGUCAAGCAUUUUGCACAACUACAACUACUGCGCUAGAAUUCUAGAAAUCCAGAUCUUCUAGUGUGCCUGCCCUUCAUUUCCCGUCGCAGAGCAAAUCAACCUGGCUGCUCGAGAAGGCGAAGACAGAUUGCGGGUAGACCGCAGUGUGAACAGUCUGCACCUAUUUGAAUCCGCGGUCGAGGAGCAGACGCGAAACGAGAAAAAAGCAUUUGACGACUUAAAAGCAGCAUGUAGGAACCGCGACUUUUUAGCGAGUACCUUGGACACCUUGCGCAAAGCCCGUGAUGGCGAAGCGCCUGAAGAUGGGUGCGCCAUUUUUAAGGCUAGUUUAUCACUAUCCCAUGUGCAGUAUGCUGAGUGGAGUCCUCCUUGAUUUCAAGGGGAACGAAUAUUGCGGAGCCAGAGGGCAACCCACUCAACCAGGCAUAGUGAAAAACUAGCGCUAAUUUUUGUUUGGAGAAUGAGGGCAUUAAUGAAUGGGGCUUGCUGCCUUGUUCUCACAUGUUCUGCUUCGCAUGCGUUUCGCAACAGAUAAGUUAUGAAUUUGGGAUUGGUAUUGGUAUACGUUUUAAAGAUCUAGUAAAUGAAGUCUAAUGCGCAAAAGUUGUGAUUGGCCUCAGAAAUGUUAUGAAUGUUGGUACGCAUUCCCAUACGCAUUUUUCUGACCAUAGCUCUAGUACUUAGAUCACGCUCGAUGUUUGACCAUCUUUGAAUCUACUGGAGGUUUUUUAACAACUGUGUUUCUUAGGUACCGUGAAGAACUUUCGAUUAGUACUACACUCUAAGAGUCGCAAAUGGGAAGUUGUCCAAGCUGCAGAAUGGAGUUGAGAGAGGACGACAUCAGCAAGGUGGACUUGAAAGCCCAGAAUCAGAAUGCGGCUUUAGAGAAAAGAACGGACGAUAAAAGCAGAGAAGGGAAGUAUGUUAUGGCAUCAAUACUAGCAUGUAUGGGAAUGUACUAGUAGGGAAUAGCGUAGUAGAAAUCCAUCUUCUGCUCUUUGCUUGAGAAUCCAUCUGGUAUUCUCUCUCUCUCUCUCUCUCUCUCUCUCUCUCUCUCUCUCUCUCUCUCUCUCUCUCUCUCUCUCUCUCUUUUUUCCCAAUGAAGUGGAAUGGAUUUCGGGAGUAGGAGCAUCGUCUUCCUCUAAUCAUCGAUCGAAGUUGAAGAAAAUUAUCGACAUACUACGAAACAGGGUGCCAAACGACGAGAAGGUAGCUUUGUUCGAUUUCCUUCUUACGUCUUUUUCCGACACCAUGAUCACGUGUUCAGGUCAAGAACUGUUCGCUCCGUUCUCCUGCUAGUAUUUAUGACGGAAGAACAUGAACAAUAGAGCAGCUAAACUUCUACAGCAUCUUGGGAAGCAUCUUCAUAUCACGAAUACAACACAGGUAAUUCUCUUCGUCCAGUGGGACGAUCUCAAGCGGAAAAUCGCUAAGAGCUUUGUCGAAUUCGAGAUCCCGCAUCUUACCCUUCAGGGGUCCGUCCACGAAAAACGCGCUAUUCUGAACAAAUUCAAAGACGAUGUCCGAGUCCUCAUCUUGUCGAUGGAAGACGCCGCUUCUGGUGCUAAUUUGACAGAGUCAAACCACGUUUUUCUAGUACAUCCCUUUUGGGACGAGUCAGAAGAGGUAAGGGCGAACUACGAGAAACAAGCGAUUGGGCGUAUCAGGCGAUAUGGACAGAAGCGGACAGUGCACGUGUGGCGGUUCAUCGCAAGAGACACACUGGAAGAGAGGAUGGUUCCCUUGGCCGCACUACGUUUGGCUGGGGCAGAAGACGUCGACUUGCCAGCGCCACCGCCACCGAGAAAUGCUGGAGCAAGCCAAGAUGCAGCAAAUGGUGCAGCCAAUGCUGGAGCAAGGCAAGAUGCAGCCAAUGGUGCUGCAAAUGGUGCUGCUCAAGACAGUGUGAAUGCGCCUGGUGCAGAGGAUGACCUUCUCCAUGUUGAUCAUGGGAAUAAUGGUCAUGCAGAACAGGAUCUUGCGAACAAUGUGGAAGAAGAUCCGCCUGGUGACGACGACGGUGCACCUCAGAAUGGAGAAGAAAGUCCCGAAGAGGAGUUUCAGGAUGUUCUGGAAAACGGUGUUGAUGGAAGCAACGGUGAUGGUGCCAAUGCGUCUUUAGAUGAGGACGCGAUGGAUGUGGAUUAAGCGGAUAAUGAGGGGAAGAAAGUGAUUUCCCCAUCGAUUUGCCACUAUUCAAAUUCAUCUUAGAAAAAAACGUGACUGUUUGUCUCUGAAACAGUCGCAAGCUAAUAAACCAGAGCCUGUGCAGCUGACUGAAAUUUGGACCGCUAUUGGUAGCUAUUGGUCGACCCCGAUUCGUGUCUCCCCACUACAGAUUCUAAGAUGUUCCCCUUACUAGAUGAUCGCCCCACUUCCUGUUAAAAUACGUCACCCCUGAAAUCCACUCAUAAAUCUCAAACCAUGGAUGUGCUGCACUUCCUAACUCGGAAGCAGAGCCGAGAAAAAAAGAAUGACCGAACAGAAAAGAUUGAGCGCAACGAGCUGGCAGUAGCAGAAAGUCUAUCGGUUUUCAGAAGACUUUCUGCUACU